AUGUCCCAGCGGCAGCUGCUGCGCCAGCGGCAGCAGGAGCGGCAGCGGCGGCAGGAGCAGCGGCUGGGCGCCGCCGCCGGGGCCGACGGCGAGCAGCAGGCCGACAGCGCCAACCGCAAGCGCAAGGAGAUGCGGCCGCCCGAGGCCCGCCCCAAGGGGCGCGGCAAGCAGGACCGCACCACUUACAAGCUGACGGUCUCAUACUAUGGCCCCGCCUUCGAUGGUUGGAUGCAGCAGCCGCCGCCCGACGCGUCGGUCGAGGGCGAGCUCGCACGGGCGCUCGCGCCGCUGCUGGGCGGCGCGCGGCCCACCCUCGCGUCAGGCGGCCGCACCGACAAGGGCGUGUCUGCAGCGGCGCAGGCGGCGUCGUUCCCAAGCUGGGCGGAUCUGAGCGAUUGCCAGAUCGAGGAGGCGGCGGCGGAGAUCUCGGCACGGGCAGAGGCACGCCUGCGGGAGCGGCGGCAGCGUCAACAGCAGCAGCAGCAGGCGGAGGAGGAGGAGGGCGAGGAUGCUGCGGCGCAGGAAGGGCUGCGGCUGGCGCCGUUCAGGGUGGUGCGCGUGCAGCGGGCACCGCGGUCGUUCCACGCGACCUGGUCCGCGGACUGGCGGCGGUAUGUCUACCUUUUCCCUCUGCGGGCCGCGGCGCACGGCGGCGGAUGCAGCGGCAGCGGCAGCAGCAGCGGCAGCGGCGACGGUGCAGCCAGCAGUGGCGGCGGAGGCAGCAGCAGCGGCGGCGGGAGCGGGGGCGCGCCGGAUUGGGGGCGCUGCCACGAGGGCAAGUGCCCGGGGUGCAACCCUGAACUCCUGCUGCCCCAUGAGGCGUCCGAGGUUGACUCGUGGGAAGCUGACCCGGAAGCUGUGGGGAAGCUGCUUGCUGGCCUGGAAGGGCGGCCGCUGGACUUCCAUGCGUAUGCCAGAGACACACCCAAGGGGAAGCCCUCCGUCUGCACGCUGCACGUGGCGCGCGCCAGCAUUGUGCGCCUGCCGGCCUCCCGUGACGCGACGCCCGGCCACGGCGGCGCCGCCGCCACCGGCGGGGGCGAGAGGGCGCUGUGUGUCGAGCUGCUGGGCGACCGGAUGGUCCGGGUGCUCGUCUCCACUGCACUGCGGGAGUCCAUGCCGCCCGCCGCCGCGGUCGCCGCGAGCCACGGCCCUGCGGCCCUGCGGGAGCUCUGCGCGCGGCAGGAGCGCGUGCUCACCGGCGUGCCGGCGCCCGCGGUCGGGCUGUGCUUCGCGGCGGUCGGGGGCGGGCAGUACUGGGAUGAGUGA